CGGACUUUGGUGAUCUUAAUUGGUCAUGGUUGAAAUACUUCGGUUGUCUGUUUGUCAGCAGAAUGAGCAGAUCAAAUAAACAGUGAUAGUCAGUUUAAACAUUAACUUGCAGGACAAGAGUCAAGCUGACUGUUGGUGGCUGGACGUUGCUUUAUAAAGCCGAGUCUGUCUGUCUGUCUGUCACCUCUCACAGGGACAUCAGAUAGACCUAUACCAAUAUGACCAACUUCGGGCAGAUCCUGAAGGAGAUCGGGGAGUUUGGUUUUUUUCAAAAACGUUUAGUCGCGACAUUAUGCAUCCCAAGCAUAUUUUCGGCUUACGACGUGAUUGGUCAGGUGUUUACAGGAAUGAGCUUCCCACAUCACUGUAACACUGACUGGAUCUUGGAGCGUGGGCCAAACUUGACAGAUGAGAGGCAAAGAAAUCUCACCCUCCCGGUGAACAAGGAUGGGAGGUAUGAAAGCUGUGAAAUGUUCACACCUGUGGAUUUGGAUUUGGCAACAAUUGAAGCAUAUGGGAUUAACACUACAACUGGAUGCAUAAAUGGAUCCGAUUUUGAGGCAACUGCCUCCAGCAUUGUCACAGAGUUCAACCUGGUGUGUGACAGGAGCAGUCUGAUUGAAGCAUCCCAGUCCAUCUACAUGGCCGGUCUGCUGGUGGGAGCGCUGGUGUUGGGGCCGAUGGCUGACAGGUUCGGUCGGCGCGUCGUGGUCCUGUUUUCUCUCCUUUUCCUAUGGUUGUUCGGUGUCGGUGUUGGUUUCUCACCCAACAUCUAUGUUUAUGUGGUUCUUAAAUUUUUAGGUGGCAUCUCCAUUUCAGGCAUCAUUGCUAAUGCAUUUGUGAUAGGUGGUGAGUGGAGUGAUGCCUCCAAGUUUGCGGUCUGUGCCAUUAUCUGCCACACUGCUUUUCCUCUUGGACUGAUCUUAUUGUCUGGCAUCGCAUAUUUGAUCCCCAACUGGAGGAUCCUGCAGCUGGUGCUCUUCAGCCCUCUUGUUGUUGUCCUGCCAAUCUUUUACUGGAUUCUUCCGGAGUCUGCUCGCUGGCUCAUCACCCAGGGCAGGAAAGAGGAGGCCAUAAAGGAGAUCCGGAAGGCAGCCAAGGUGAACAGGAGGAAGGUCCCGGAAGAUCUGCUGGACAAGCUGGAGAUUGACGGUACAUCCAAAAGAGGAAACAUGUUGGACAUCUUCAGGAUACCAUAUCUGAGAAAACGUUCAUUUAUAACAUGCGUCGUUUGGUUUGGAACAAGUCUGGUAUACUAUGGACUGAGCCUGAAUGUUGCCAAUUUUGGCCUGAAUAUCUACCUCACACAGUUCAUCUUUGGCCUAGUAGAAUUUCCUGCACGUCUGGGCAGUUUGGCUCUCAUCCAGCACUUUGGAAGGAAAAUAUGUGAAGCAGGGGUCCUGUUUUUUGGAGGUGCAGCUUGUCUUGGUCUACUUGCUAUUCCUAAAGACCUUCCUGUGGUGGCAACAGUCAUAGCCGUACUGGGGAAAUUUGCCGCCACUGCCAGUUUCUCCAUAAUCUAUGUUUAUACUGCAGAACUAUACCCUACCACUCUAAGGCAGAAUGGUGUAGGUCUAAACUCUGUGUGUGCUCGUAUGGCGGGCAUCCUCGCUCCGCUGAUCAGGCUCCUGGGCGUCUACCAUUACACCAUCCCCAUGCUGAUAUAUGGCACCGUGCCCAUUGUUGCUGCAUGUUUGUGUUUAUUACUGCCUGAAACCCUCAAUGUUGAACUCCAGGACCACGCUGAGCUCAAAAAACCUGUGAAUGGGACUGAGAUGCACUCCUUUACUCAUGAAGACACAUCAGGAAAGAGCACAAAAAUGUAAUUCAUAUGGACAUAUUGUUUUUCAAAUGUUUUUGGAGUUAUGGAAAUGUGAAUAAGCUGACAUUUUGAUAUAUCAAGUCACUUUUGUUCAACUUUGAGCUGAAAGUUUUCACAACUAGAGUCCUUGACAAGUUAGCGACUGGUGAACAUAGUGAAGCGUUUAGCAGCAAAAAUAUAUUAUUCUUGAGAGUUGGUGGAUUGGAUUUACAUUUUUAUUAUGUAGCCAUUGACACACUUCCAAAUUAAUACUAAUGUUGCUCCAUGUUUGCUGGUUGUGUAAAUAGGCAAUGGCAACAUUAUCUAUUCCUGUAAUGGAGUUCUGCACCUUAUGUGGCAAAAAAUAACAACGACAGCAGUGGAUUAAUGUUGCUUUUGUCUUGCCCCUUUUGUUUGAAGAUGCAAAGUCACUGCUCAUUACUUUUUAUUGCCAAUGUUAAGUAUGCGAUCUCACAAAGUUUUUUUUUUUUUUUAAAGUGCUAUAUGCGCUCUAAUUUCAUUCGACUGAAUACAAAUGUUUCCUACUAUGAUGACUAUUUAAAUAUUGCGACAGCAUGGCCUUUUUAAUGGAUUAAGUAGCACAAUGUGAGCAGUAUUCUGUAUCUGAUUCCCAUUCUGGAUUUAGUCAUAAUCCAGUUUGUUCUCUGCUAGAACUUAAAAAGUCUGUUAUUUUGUUAAUGCCUAUUAUAUUAGUCCUGGGUUUAUCAGUUGCAGCUUGCGAGUGAGCUUGGACAACUCCGUCUGUAGCUUAUCUGUUUCUGACUGACUUGUUUGAAUGACCCCUUUGACAAAAAGGUUUUUAGUAUGUAUGUAAUGGCUAAAUACAUCAUACAGAUAUGUUAACUCAGCACUGAAAGUAUGCAAACAAUUAAAAGACUGAGCCUAUAGCUUAUAUAUGGGCAGUAUUUCCAUUAAAUGUAUUUAAAAUACAUAUUUAAUUACUUUUGAGUAUUUUGUAAUUAGCAUUUUGCUGGACAGAAAAAAAUAAAUAAUAAUAAUGUAAUUUGUAACAAAGUACUUUAAUAGUUUAUAUCUGUGUAUUUAAAAUAGUAGUAUACAUUAUUUAAUAUUUAUUGACAAAUAAGACAUUUUAUCCCCAGGUUCAAACUGUAGAAAAGAACUGUACAGCAACUAGCCUAGUCUUUGGCUAAAUGCAAGUGAAUCACGUGACAUGUACUUCAUUUGUGUUCCCCUGGACUACAGUAGGGAUCGACCGAUACUGGUUUUUCAAGGCCGAUACCAAUACAGAUUAUUAGUAGUUAAUGAAACUAGCUCGAUAUUAGGCCCUUUGUUAUUCCUAAUAUAUGUAAAUGACAUGCCAGCUGCAGUCAAAUGUCAGUUAUUAUUGUAUGCUGAUGAUUCCUCACUACUAGUGUCUGGAAAAGACAUCUCCCAAAUUGAAGACACUCUUAGUGGUGAGCUGCAAAAUGUAAGAGAGUGGCUGAUUGACAACAGACUGUCAUUGCACUUAGGGAAAUCUGAGUGCAUCCUAUUUGGCACCAAACGUAAGUUACAAAAGGCAUCUGCAUUAAAAGUUAUAUGUAACGAAAAUGAAAUUGAGGCAAAGAUUUCUGUUAUUUAUCUAGGUAUUAUAUUGGACCAAACAUUGUCAGGAUACUCCAUUGCAGAGAAAUUACUGAAUAAAAGUGCCUGCAAAUUGAAAUUUUUAUACCGUAAUACAAGACAGUUUGACUCCAAAAUAAAAAAACUCCUCGUCUCAGCACUCAUUCAAUGCCAUUUUGACUAUGCAUGCUCAGCAUGGUAUAGUGGCCUAACGAUGAAAAUGAAAAACAAGAUGCAGAUUAUGCAAAAUAAUAUGAUCCGUUUUAUACUGUCUAAACCUUCUAGGUAUCAUGUGGGAAGAAAUGAGUUUAAGAGGGUUGAGUUCCUGCCUGUUAAGCUUAGAGUUGAACAACUUAAACUCAAUCAUAUGUACAGUAUUAUUAAUGGUGUAGCCCCAAAGUAUUUGGGAUUUCAGAUUUUAAUGGUACAUACUCAAUAUGCCCAUGAGACUAGGGCCAGUGUCCGUUCAUGUAAGGUGCCAUGUGUGAAUAGCGAAGCCAGAAAAUCCUUUUUUUAUUAUUAUUUUAUGGAAUAGUCUUCCACUUCAUAUCAAAAUGGCAGUAACGAAAAAGGAUUUUAGACAUAAAGUUAGGGCCUACUUAUGGAAUAAAAUAGAUAAUUAGGGGGAAAUAAAAUCUAGAUUGGGGACAGGGAAAUUUAUUGUUUGGUAGGUCAUGGUGUUUUAGCUGGUUUUUUGAUGUGUAGUUUUAUUUUUUAUUGUUUUAAUCUUAGGACUGUAUGUGUUUGCAUGUGUUGUAUGUCCUGUUCUCUUACAUCAGGGACCAUGUUGGAAAAAAGUGUUUCUCGCUUUUACAUGUUAUCCCUUGGAUCCCCUUGUUGUCUUUCUAUAUCCAUAAAUAAACCAAACCAAACCAAAAAACGAUAUUGGGAACAAAUAUGCA